AUGAGGAAAUCGAAGACUUCACGAGUUAAAUUUGCAGGAAGUUAUGAAUUGAAAAAGUGGCAGCAUAUCCGACAUGGUGCCGUUGAGCAGGUUGUCGGUGAGGUUGAGGGUCUUCAGGCUACGGCGACGACCUACUGGGGAACUUCUCCGACCAGGAAGUUGGCGCUGAGGUUGAGGAGCUCGAGGGAUCUGAAGCAGUUGAUCUUGGGCAGCAACGGGCCCCAUAGCCUGAGGGUGACCAGUGACAACUUCUGUAGGCUCGAGAGCUUCGUAAGGACGGUAAAGGAGUCGAUUGAGAAUUUAUCGGAGAGAGCGUCGUCGGGGACAGAGAAGUUCGACGGAUAG